AUGUCUCCAAGCGCAAACAAUGAAGGAUUCAGCACCCACGUCAAUGGCCAUAUCAACGGAGUCGAGGGUGAUGUGGAAAACGCCGUCAUCGUCGGUGCUGGACCUGCAGGGUUGAUGCUAGGUGCAAAUUUGGCACGAUAUGGCAUCAAAUCCAGGAUCGUGGACGACAGGGAUGACAAGACCUCGACUGGGAGGGCUGAUGGGUUGCAACCUAAGACCAUCGAGACAUUCAAGCAGCUACGCUUGGCCGAUUCCCUGUUGCAGAAGGGCGUUAAGAUCUACGACAUAUGCUUCUGGAAUUCAACAUCUACACAGCCUCUGCACAGAACAAGGAGGGAAGUACAUUACCCUUCUGAACUGGAUGUGAAAGACCCAUUCAUCCUGCUGGUACAUCAAGGCAUGGUUGAGGAUAUCUUCAUCGAGGACAUGAAGGACAGGGGCAUUGAAGUCACUCGAAGCUCUCCUUUCCAAUGUUACGAGGCAACUCAGGAUCCCGAAGCGCCAAUUGAGGCCAUCUGCAAGGAUAACAAGACGGGAUCGAGUAUAUCGUUCAAGACCAAAUACCUUGUUGGUUGCGACGGCGCCCACUCCAAUGUUCGUAAGAGCAUUGCAGGUGCUCAAAUGGUUGGCGAGAGCAGUAAUUCGAAAUGGGGUGUGCUUGAUGGUGUCAUUGAGACCGACUUCCCGGACUUAUGGAGCAAGGUCGUGAUCCAUUCGGAAACCGAAGGAACUGUUCUUUGCAUUCCAAGAGAACGCAACAUGACGAGGCUGUACAUUGAGCUUGAUCGGAAUUUACAGGAUAGUGUUCCCACGGAAGCAACUCAAGACUUCGUCAUGAAUCAAGCUCGAAAGAUUAUGGCACCGUUCUCGGUAGAGUGGUCUAGCGUCGAAUGGUUCAGUGUCUACAAGGUCGGACAGCGAGUAGCUAGCACAUUCUCAGCGGAGAACGACAGGGUGUUUAUCACUGGUGAUGCUGGCCACACCCAUUCCCCAAAAGCCGCUCAAGGCAUGAAUACCUCAAUGCACGACACCUUCAACCUUGCAUGGAAACUCAACCUCGCGAUCCGUGGCCUCGCCACUCCAGAUCUUUUGUCUACGUAUCAGCACGAACGACGCAAGAUCGCUCAAGACCUGAUAAACUUCGACUUUGAACACGCUGCUGCCUUUUCCGAUGGCGACUCCAAGGCUCUGGCGGACAACUUCGCCACCAAUGUCGGUUUUAUAUCUGGAGUUGGCGUCAAAUACGCAGCCAAUGUCCUCAACCACCCUGAGACACUCCCCCGUGGAGCCCUCCGCGCUGGUGAACUCAUGGCCCCUGCUCAAGUCACUCGCUAUAUCGACGCCAACCCCGUCGACGUACAGCUCGACAUCCCUGUGCUGGGACAGUUCCGGGUAUACUUUUUCGUCCCUGACGUUCACGUAGCCAGGAAGUUCUUGGAUUCCGUGUGCAACUAUAUCUCUUCGCCCAAUUCAAUCCUAGGGCGUGCAACAGCUGCAGCGGCCAAGUCAUAUGCACAACUCAACCUUCCUCCGGUCGAGUCGGACAAUUUCAUCCAGCCCGGGCGGUAUACGGCCGCAUCGCACCUCUUCACGUUCGCGACGGUGACGGGCAUGCAGAAAUCAAGCGUUGAGAUUACCGACUUGCCCGCCCUCCUACAGAAGAGUCGGUGGACGUUCUACCUGGACGACCUGCGGGAUCAGAAGACUGGCAAGUCGUUUACAGAAAAGUGGCUGGGUCCCGUUGAGGCCGACGAGGUUGCAAUUGUGAACAUCAGACCUGAUGGCUACGUAGGCAGUAUUGGGCGCUUUAAUGGGAAGGGCGACGGUGCAGAUGCUUCUCAGUGGCUGGACUCUUACUAUGGCGGCAUCCUGAAGGCAUGA